CGAGCCUGUCAAUCCGGCUUUCCUGCUGCUUGUCGCUCUAGCUAGUGAGUAGCUAGUGACUGGCGGGAUGAAGAUAGCUCUUUUUCGGGGAAUGCUUAGACCAUUCUUAGAUCCAAUGCCUUCUGUUUAGAAUAAGAUUCGUUUCUAUCCAAAUGCGACAUUGCUAGUAGCGAAAUCCACGUCGGUCCACGUCAUCCGUUCGUACCAUGAAGAAUGGGAAGGUUGCGGACGCGCCGACCUCCGUUUUGCCGAACCAAAAUGCUACCGUCGGAACGAACCAGUUCCCGAGCCUGAGCACCUGGGUUGUAGGAAGGCGGUUCCAUGCGCGUGUGCCAUGCAGUGCGGGAAUGCGAGUGGUAUUAGCGAGGGAGCGAUCCAACGUGGCAGAUAGAAACGCCGUUCAAGUAUUGAUUAUACCGGAUGGCAGAUCCGUGGAUGGAUGCAGCCAGAGCAGCAGAGGCGAGGAGGUGACUAUAGCGAGGAGCAAAGCGAGAUGGUGGGAGACAGCUGGAAAGGGCAAAAAAGGAGGGGAAGGGAGCGGAAGACGGAAAAAUGGCAUUGGUGCAAAAGGGACGAAAGGAACGGAUAGAGAAAAGGGCAGAGGAAAGGGAAGGCUAGGAGGGAAGCGAUCAACCAUGAGCCAAUCAAUCACCUUGGGGACAGGGGACGAGAUGGGGAGAAUGACGGGGGGCAUGAAGGGGGAAGCGCAGGGGGAGAUUAAGGGGGACGUGAAGGGAAAGAUUAAGGGGGGAGUGCAGGGGGGGAUAAUGGAAGAAGUGAAGGGGGAGGCGAUUGGGCAUAUAUCAAGCGCAGUGGCACGGGUUCUGGCUCCAGUGAUGGAUCAACAUGGUGACGUCAGAUUUGAGGGUGUCAUCACAUCCACCCCAUCCUCCUCCCCGCAUGCCCGUAUCCCUAUCAAGAUUACACCCCUCAUCACCACACCUUCUCCUGCCAACCCUCCGGAGAAUCGACUAAAAUCAGCAGCUUUGGCCGAGCCUUCCGGUUUCAGGAUCGCGUUCAAUGCCAUGUGGCAGUCUGUUCUGGAUGCCACGUCACGGGCUCAAACGCACAAGCAGAAAGCCCAGGAAGGAUUCACAGCUGAUGGUUUGAGCCGUCGCGAUGGUGCGAGUCGGCAGCAUGAGACUGGAGCGGAUGCUGCUGCUGAGGUGUGCGGGGAAAACGUCAACGGCAGUGGGGGUGCUGAUAGUGGUGAUCGUGGUGAUGGUGAUGAUACUGGUGGUGGUGGUGAUCCUGAUGGAUGUGGGAACAACGACGGGUGUGAGAGAGGGGAAGCAGGAGCAGGUGGAGAAAUGCGAGUGAGCAACUUCAGCCUGAUGCUCAACACUGUCCUGCGAUCAGACGCCCACCUCUUUCUCCCCGAGGAAAGGGAGCUGCUAGGAUCUUUCUCGCUCCUCCCUGCACCGGCACAAUACGUCUUUGUCCGCAUAUUCCUUCGGAAAGGCCCCUGGUUUCUCCUCUCCUCCCUUGUCAAGUACACUGAAGACUUCAGAUUGAGAUUUCCUUCUGCUAGUACGUGUCCAGAUGUGAAACCGCUGGGCGAACCAGCAGGACGCGUGGUGGAAGGAGGAGAGGCAGCAGCAGCAGGAGAAGGAGCAGGAGCACGAGCAGGAGCAGGAGCAGGAGGAGGAAUGGUGGAGACGGAAUAUUCAGCUGCUGCUGCUCUUCAGUCGGCUGUACAGUCUCUCUGUGAUGCAGGUUGGUGCGAGUCUGGCUUUGAGCAAGCCAGCCCAGAAGUAGCACCUUGUACAGUCACACCUCGAUGCAACCACAGGGAACCUUGUAGAGGAGCAGCAGUGGCAGAGCAUGAGGCAACUGAGGAAGAAUCAGUUUGUUGUAAUUCUGGAGGUGCUUGCACCAGAGGCACGCUCUCUCUGGAAGCAGCAGUGGCCGUGACUCACCAUCUGCUGCCCUUGGAUCACCUGCGCUCCCUCGCUCUCUCCUUCAACCUGCAGAGGAAAGCAGUCGUUCGGGCGAGCAGGAAAGCUGCUCUCGUGUCACUCGUUGUGCAAGCCCUUACCAGCAGCAACCAAUCACAGCCUGCCACGUCAGUCUCGCCACGUGAUGCCACGCUCAGGCAAAAGCUCUCCUCUUCCAUCCUCGCUCUCUCUGGUCCCUGCCUUCGCAUCGCCCCUCAGAUCACCCGCCUGCUUGCUAGAGUGCAGAUCACCCGCCUGCUUGCUAGAGUGCAGCGUCUUUUCUUCCUCAACUCCUCCCAAUCCCUCACCACCUUUCUGCUGGUCGACUUUGGCUUGCGGUGCUACCCCUCCUACCGCUGCCACCGCUCUGCACCGGUCUUCAUCUCUCGGGAGGAGGUUCUAGCAUAUGAGGAGGCUUCCGAAGUGCUGGCUAUGGUUGAGCGGAUUGUGGGGUUGGAUGGAUGGGAGGAGGAAGACGGGGCUGGGAGAGGAGGGUUGGAGGGAGGGGGAAGGGGAAGAGGUGGGAAUGGGAGCAGUAGGAGCAAGAAACAGAAAGCGGUGCGAGAAGUGCGAGGAGGGCCGAGGAAAGAGGAAGGAGAGAAGGAAGGGGAACAAGGAGAGAAGAGUGGGAAGCGGAGACAUUUGUGUGAAGAUGCGCAAAAGAGUAGAGUUACUACAUGGAAAGAGGUGUAUGAUGAUAAGAACGGGGAACAUACUAACGAGGACAAUGAGGAGGAAGAGGGGAGGGAGGACGGAGAGAAGGAAGGAAAGAGGGGGGAGCUAGUGGAGGGUAAAGUGGAGGAGGAGGAGGAGGAGGAGGAGGAGGAGGAGGAGGGUGGUGAGGAGGAGGAGGAGGAGGAGAGAGUGGAGGAAGAGGAGGACGAUAUGGAUGAGUUGAUGCUAAUGGCCGCUCUUGCUGGUGCUAGACAGCACCUUCAGUCAGAGCUGUCGUACUCCAAUGGCACAUCUCAAGUCAGAGAUUCACCUGGCAGAGAUUCACCUGAUGUAGACACACCUGAUGGAGGUUCACCUGGGGGAGAUUCACCUGGGGGAGGUACACCUGAUAGAGCUACGCCUUGUGGCGAUGCAUGUAGUAACGAUGCGCAGUCAUGGAGGCAUCGGUUCAGGCCGCAAUGGGUGUAUGCCGAGGUGCUGUGGAGAGGCGUGUCCUGGCUGGAGCAACGAAAGAGGUACAAUCAAGCCGUCUCCGACCUGAGGCUGCUGAUCUCCUCUCAUUACUCCCCAAAGAGACGCCUUGCGGCUUUCUUUCUGCGCCUCUCCAUUGAUCUCCACCACCUGGGGCGCACGGGGGAGAGCCUAGAGGCCGCGAGGGAGGGCGUGGCUGCCUGUAUGGGGGACAGACACGUGGCAGCAGGGGAUUUGCUGGCACUGCAGCGGCGUGUGGUGUGGCUGGCGAAACCCCCCAGAGCAUGGAAGCCCCCGGCUUAUGCUCGGAUGGUGGGGUGGAAGUGUAAAGAGGUGCGAAUUGUGGGCCGCCCAGUGAACAGUGAAGUGGGUGUUCGCAGCCGAUUCUACAGCAUGGCACCGCUUACAGUCACACCUCCCCCUACAGUCAUGCCUCCCCCUACAGUCACGCCUCCCCUUACAUUCACGCCUUCCCCUACAGUUGUACCUCUUACAGUCACACCUCAUAAGACGAGCAUGGAUGAAAAGUGCAGUGGGAAACCGUUGUCUCUUGAGGUGUCUCGAAAUAUUAAUGAUGAUAAACGGGUGGAUGAACGGAGUAUCACAUCACUUAAGAAAUCGCUUCCCACCGGUGUGAGCAAUCUAAUCGCUUCACACUGCAGAUGGAGGGACGAGCAGUGCAGCAAAAUGGAGCGUUCCGAGAGGCAUACAGCCAAUGUCGCAUUCAGUGCAUCAGUAGAGCAGUGUGGAUCCCCUGAGCAAUCCAAUCAACGUCUGGCUGACCAAUGUUGUAUGCAGCCUUUGCAGUCGCUCCCAGGUGCAUGGUGGGAUGAGCAGUGUAGAGUGGAGCAGCUAGCCCUGCAGCAUUACAGCAGCACAGAGGGAGGGGUUCUGAGGCGCCCCUGUGUACAUACCGAGCCCCCUCUUAGUCCGUGGUGGGAUGAGCAGUGUAGCGUAGAAGAGCUGGCGCUGCAGCAUUACAGCAGCACGGAGGGAGGGGGAUGGAGCGGGAUACACUGUGAGGGGUCCCUGUGGUCCAGCCUCUUCGCCCUUCUCUUCUGGGACGUCCUUUUCGCACCGCUGCCCGAUGUGUUUCACCACCCCUUCCAGACUGCGCCAUUGGACCUUUUUUCACCUGCUUUUGCCUCGCGCCGUCGCCACAUGAUCGGCAGGCGCUUGGCAGAGCUCAGAGGGGAGCACUGCACGGGGGAGGGUCUGGGAGGAGGAGGGGGGCGCUUUAAUUCGGAGCGUUCCACCCCCCCCUGCAGUGCUUUCACCAGGGGGGAUCGUUGCACGCGGUGCCCAUCCAGUGGUUCAGCAGAAGGCGUGAAAGAGGAGGAGUUGGCGGCGGUUGCAACGAAGUGCGCGCACAAAGCACACGGGCGAGAUGGUCAUCUGCUCAAAGCACCCUUGAGCAACGGCAUUUCACCUUCUUCUAGCGGAAUCAGUGGCACACCAUGUGUGACCGGUACACAUGCCACCGCUCGUGCUUCUCCUGGCGCACUUGGUGCUUGCUCUGUGACUUUUGAGUCGACUCAAAAGUCUCCUGCCACACUUGGUGCUUGCCCUGUGACCGGGACGCUCACUGCGCUUAGGCUGUUGAAGGAACGAUGGCAGCAAUACCAAGGCACUCUGUGUGUGGGCUUGGGACUGGUGAACGAAGGAGCUACCGAAGCGGUUGCUAAUGAAGGAGUUACGGACAGAAACCUUUUACGUGGAGGGACGGCAGAAGGAAGCACUGGUGCUGCCAGUGUUGUUGAUGCGGCUUCUGUUCCUGCUGCUGCUGCUACAGUUGCUGCUUCGGCUGCUGUUAUGCUUUCGGCGUCCACUGCUGCCAUUGCCGCUGCUACAGCUGCUUUUUCUGCUGAUUCUACAGUGAUUGCUGCAAAUGCAGGAACUAGUGCAGCUGCAGCUGCUGCUGUUUAUGUGGCUCCAGCACCCCGCAGCAGCAGUAACACCGAUCAGCGCUCCAUAAGCCUCGCAGAGCUCACAGAAGUUGUCCUAUGUGCCGGCGGUGCUACAGUAGCUGCAGUCUGUGGGCGGCUGGCAGAAGGCUACAGUAACUGGAGGGGCGGCAUGCCAGACCUGGUGCUCUGGAGAAGACGCUUGGCCGGGCCUCAGGCUCGGCUUUGCUGUCCGAACCAAAGGGGCGCGAUGGGGAGUGCUGACAAUGAGCAAGAGAGUGGUGAUGAAUGGAGGAACGACAAUUGUGUAGGACAAGAAAGAAGGGGAGAUUGGGGAAGUGGGAGCCCUUUGGGGGGAGUGAAGGGUCCGAUUCACAGGUGGAGUGGAAGUUGCUGGGGGGCACAAGGGAGUGGAAGCCCUUGGGGGGAGGUGAAGCUGGUGGAGGUGAAAGGGCCGAGGGACCAGCUGUCGAGCAAGCAGAGCGCGUGGCUGAUGAGUCUGCAUGGCGAUGGGGUGGAUGUGGAGGUGUGCAGAGUGGUGGAGAGUGAGGAGCAGCUGACGAAGAAGAGGAAGAGAUGAGAAUCGUAUAACCUUAUACCUAGCACUGACCAGCUGUCAAGCCAGCAUAGGGCAUGGCUGAUGGUUCUGCAUGGUGAUGGGGUGGUACUACUGGUAUGUGGAGGUGUGCAGAGUGGUGGAGUGGGAGGAGCAGCUGAGGAAGAUAAGGAACUGCUGCGGCUCUGGAAGAAAUAUACUUAGCCCGGAUAUAAGUGUUGGAAAUAUCUCAAAAGACUUAAGCGUUUCUGAAGUGUAACACUACACUCGAGGAAGAUCGCAACGGGUACGCGAGUCAACGGAGGUUACACGAGGGGGCGGACAAAGAACGCGAAGGGACUCGAAGGGUCGCAACUGGAGGUUGCGACUGACCGUUACAACAGCGCCGAUGGUAACCGAAGCGACAAUCGAGUCGCUGUGCGACUCAAUAAACCGCUCCUGCAACUGUAUUCUACAAACAACUUUCUUAUUUUUCUAUAUAUUGCUGUAUGCUUGUUUCUUUAAUCAAUCACUU